AUGGCACUAUUCCCCGAGGGCGCUGAGAUCCAUGCAGCUAGUCAGGAUUUCAAGGAGACCAAGACGCUCUUGGAGCAAUUGACGCGCGAGAUCAUGGAAGCUCACAGCUCGCCGGAUCCCAAUGCGUAUGACAUCAUCCGACGAUGGUGCACAGCUGACUUCAUGAUGGAGAACAGCUCCCUUCAUGAGUGCGUGGUUCCGUUCGCCGACAACCUAGAGACGCAUCUCCAGAAUGUCGAUGUGCUCAAAGUGAAAAACCCGGGCCUGCGGCUCAAUGUGUCAAACGUCGCUGCGAUCUUGGACGACUAUACCCGCGAGAUCACGGUCUGGUAUACCUCCGGGGCCAGUGGCGGGCCGGAUUCUGAGUGGAACUCGAAUCGAGAGAGCGUUGGAGUCCUGCACUGGAGACGGCGAACGAGUGAGGAUAAUACUGCUACAUGCUGGGAGUGCUACAGGCAUUCGUGUAUACGGGGUGGAGCAGAUCUGGACAACAUGAUAUGA